CUGUAACUGCGCGCAUCUGCUCCUGACAUGCCGAUACCGAGGAUGAAGAAGCAAAACGUUCGGACGCUGUCGCUCAUCCUUUGCAUGUUCUCCUACUUGCUGGUCGGCGCCGCGGUGUUUGACGCGCUGGAGUCCGAGUCGGAGAACUCCCGCAGGCGCAUCUUAGAGCAGAAGCGCAACGAGAUGAAGAAAAAGUACCGGUUCUCCGAGGACGACUACCGCGAAAUCGAGCGAGUGGUGCUGCAAGCGGAGCCUCAUCGCGCCGGGAGGCAGUGGAAAUUUGCGGGCUCUUUUUACUUUGCCAUAACAGUCAUCACCACGAUCGGAUAUGGACAUGCAGCACCAGGCACGGAUGCAGGGAAGGUUUUCUGCAUGUUCUACGCUGUACUGGGCAUCCCUCUCACUUUGGUCAUGUUCCAGAGCCUGGGAGAGAGGAUGAACACGUUCGUCCGCUACCUCCUCCAUAAGGUGAAGCAGUGCCUGGGCUUUCGACACAAUGAGGUGUCCAUGGAAAACAUGGUUCUAGUGGGCUUCCUGUCCUGCAUCGGAACGCUGUGUGUAGGCGCAGCAGCCUUCUCCCACUUCGAGGGAUGGAGUUUCUUCCAUGCCUACUACUACUGCUUCAUCACGCUCACCACCAUUGGCUUUGGGGACUUUGUGGCACUGCAGAAGAAAGAGGAUCUCCAGGAGAAAACACCAUAUGUGGCAUUCAGCUUCAUGUACAUCCUGGUGGGGCUCACUGUUAUUGGGGCCUUUCUUAAUUUGGUGGUGCUACGUUUUCUCACAAUGAACACUGAAGAUGAGAGGAGAGAUGCUCAGGAGAGGGCGUCACUGAAGAGAGACAGAGGCCUGUUGGAUGGUGCUCUGCUUCUUCAUGUGGUGGGUGAACAGAGUAGGGGCAGCAACCGGGAGAGAAACAGAAGAAAUGCGGCACGCAGUCGCAACCACAGUGCACUUCUCCUCCCGAUGGAGGAAGGAACCAGCCGCACAAACCUCAUUCCCUCGCCUGCAGAGGACCGGGAGAGGCGAGGAAGCCCGUGCAGACAGAGGCUGAAUAUUCAGAUGGACUCAGAGAGACGCAGACCCAAGUUGAGCAUCAGCUCUCUCUGCUCCUGCGUGUGCUACCGCUUGGGGAUUUGCAAUAGUCCUCUCGUGUCCCACAGUGAACACCAUGGCUGCCAUAUUAAUUCUGUUUAUUACAACUCAGUCUCAUACAGGAUCCAGGGCUGUUCGCCAGGGUCCAGGGACAACACUGGACUCUCCUCCCCUGGAAGCACGCUCUCACCAGGCCAUAGCUUCAGAGAGUUUCCUCGUUCAAGGAGAAAGUCAGUGUAAAGAUAUUGAGGGAAAAUUGUUUGCACAGACUUCAAACAGUGUUUUCAAUGACAAUGCAUUUUGUAUCUCAGCUCUUUUCUGCAUGUCAGGUAAUAUUCCAUUUACUCAGUUGUCUGUUGUGGCUUUUGCUUCUAAGGCUAGUAUGAGAUUUCUUAUCUUUUGCAAUGAUGUUAUUUAUUUGAAUGACUCUGCCCUCUUUGCAUGUAAGGCAAAUAGCAGUGCAUGCUAAACAAAAUGUCUAGCACGCAGUGUGAGUGCAUGAGUGCUACAGAAUGUAAAGAUGUAAAAAGUGGAGCUUUUAAUCCACAAUUCAAAAAAAAACAUUUUUUGGACAUAGUGUUUAUUAGUGACUGCAUAAUUCUACAGUAAAUAUGUGAAUGGUCGUCAGUGGAUCUUGUUCCUGCUUUAGCCAAAAACCUUAUUGUUUCAGCCAACAGUUUGAAGAUGUCACUACACAUUUAUAUUGAAAAGCCUUAAAGAACUUUGACCAAGCACAUGCGAUAUGUGGCCUCUUAGCUUAGUGAGUUUAAUAUAUCAUUUUACUAAAUGUGGGAGGCCAGAAUAACGUUUCCGUGCUUUCUCCAGCAUUUUAGAUGUACGUAUGACUGAUUCAGAUGUAAUGAAUGUAGCACAUAACAUAUGUAGCAGGUGUCAAGCUUCCCCAGUCCUGGAAAAGUUGUCAUUUUUCAGCCAGGAGAGGAUCGUUUCUUUGCAGACUUGUAUAGUUAUAUUUGCUGUCUGAAUUUCUUCCACUAUUGAAUUAUUAAACCAAGAAAAGAUAAUCAAAUGUGUGUUUUUUUUAUUUUAAAGUAACAAAUCGACUCAGAUUUGUGAGCUUGUUCAGCUUUAAUGUUCAAUGAUCUUUCUUGGCUCUGCUUGUGUUUUAUCUACUGGAGUCACAUGUUGAUAAAAAUAGGACAUGAUUGUGUCUUAUCUUUACUAAUUCCUUUUCUUCUCCAGGAGUCAUAAAAUAGGAGUGCGAAAAUAGUAGCACUCCAGUUGGUGAUUUCACACUUGUCAGAACCUAUGUAGGGAUUAUCGUGAAAAUAUGUUUUAUACACAUACACAUACACAUAAUAUGUUACACAAAAAAUGUAUUAUGGAAGAUUUGUUGAAAAAAUCAUGUAAAUGUAUACACACACACUGUAUGUAUACACACCUGCAUCCUGGGCUUGUCUGUUCACAAAGUAUUUCCUAUUCUAGAUACUCCAAACAUCCUGUCUUCUUUCCAUAUGAAGUCAAUGAUUAAAUGGCCAUAAAAAUGCCUCCUUUAGUGAAGCAGCUCA